UCCCAACAGAUCGGCCGAGCGAGGCCGCAGUAGUACACUAUUCCGGAUUAUGAUCUACCUACGUAACGUGAUUUCUAUUGUGAUUUGCCGUCCAUUGUCGCAGCACAGAGGAACCAUGUGUUGUUUUCUGUGGGUAGUUUUGACCGCCCUGUUGGGAGUGGCCCGGGUAACGGCUUAUCAUGUGGCCCAGAAACCGGAAGUGAAUUCGGCCUUGGAUUAUAAGGAGCAGAUUCUAAGACUCCACAACAGGUACCGGAGACUGUCAGGGGCCGCUGACAUGCGCGAACUGACAUGGAGUGAUAAACUUGCAGAACUUUCGUUCAGAGAAACACGAGCGUGUACCUACAGCGGGGCUCGUUCUACCUUUGGAGAGAACAGAUUCUUUGAGGAAUUGUCCAGAGAAGCUGAUAAUGUAAUGGUGACCAAGGCCAUCAACUCCUGGUAUUCCGAGAGGAAAUCGUGGGAGCGCUCCCCUAAGUGUGCUGAGGCUUGCAAAUAUACUCAGAUGGUAUGGGCAAAGACCAAAGAGAUUGGUUGCGCAUUCAAGAAAUGUAACAACCUCUAUAUGAUGGAGGAGUAUGCAGUCGAUUCCUGGUUCCUUGUUUGUCUAUAUAACGAAAGAGGAAAUGACGGAAUACAUUUGCCGUUCAGAAGAGGGAAAGCUUGCAGUAUUUGUUCCGUGAACGAGAUUUGUAGACACAAUUUGUGCGCAUCCAAUACUACACAGACUUCGACUAGUCCGGGUAUUAACCAAUCCAACGUGAAUCUUAUAACAACCAAACCGACAACUAAAAUCACCGACGCCGAUUUCUGGAAACGGGUUCAUCAAAAGGCAUACGAACAAACUAUCAAUUAUAGAAGAGUCGAUGUCACCAAGACUACCGAUACUACGACCACGCCCACAGUCCAACAACAACAGACAAACGUAGACCACUACGACUUCUUUAAACCAGUCACGCCUCCAAAUAUUGCAGAAAAUGCGCAUACAAACAACAACAACAACAACAACAAAGGAAAUAUAGUACAACAACCGACCAACACACACAGCGCUUACACUGGCCAAUUACAAUCAACCAACACAUUCAGAGGGAACCAAUCACAAAAACAAAACACACACAGCGCUUACCCUGGCCAAGCACAAUCGACGAACACACACAGCGCUUACUCUGGCCAAUCAGAAUCAAUGAACACAUUCGGAGGGAAACAAUCACAACAACAAAACACACACAGCGCUUACCCUGGCCAAUCACAUUCAACCAACACAAACAGCGCUUACUCUGGCCAAUCACAUUCAACCAACACAAACAACGCUUACUAUGGCCAAUCACAUUCAACCAACACACACAGAGGGAACAUUGACCAAUCACAACAACAAAACACACACAGGGCUUACCCUGGCCAAUCACAAGUGUCUGUUCCCCGAUAUAACUUGCAAUCUACCCACCACAUCCAUCAAGCAACUCAGUCCAGUAAUACCGGGUAUAUCACCAAGAUACACAAUGACAAACGGUUUCCACUGCCUACCCUAUCUAGUCCAUCUAUUCAACAACAAAACUUAACGGAAUUCAGCCAAACUUAUGUUAAUAAUGCUGUUUCAAAAUCUAGUCAACCAUCGUACAUCCAUCUUAAUUUCCAACCUACAAACGACGGAACUUCUUUUACGCAUCAGAACAUAGAUUACCACGUUACAAAAACACAACGGGCAAAUGACAAUGGACAACGGAAUGUUAAAAACGAGCGUAGCUAUAACGGCUUUACGACCGAUCCCAUUACAGGAGAACUGGGAGUUACAUCACAGCCGACAGUCAAAGGCAUUGUCGGACAUGACCCGGCGGCUGGUGAUGUUAGUUACUUAAUGCCAGGUCCUACCGCCAUUGCAAGGUUUAACGAGAACGGGUUCAACCGACAAUCUCGCAACAUCAAUAUCAGAAUUCCAGUACAGUCUCGAUUCAAUAAAAAUGGAAGAGGACAGAACAAGCAGGCCUUCAUUCAAAACAAAUUUUCGAACAAAUUGCAAAAUAACCAGAAAAGGAAUGAAAAUAAUAUUAACACGUUCCGGCCUCAGCAACAAGCUACAAAGAAUAUGAAAAACCAGCAAAGCACUGGUUCUGGUCAAAAUAGGAGACUGAGUUCUGUGCAGCAUAAACAAUUUAAUACAGAUUUAAAGAGUAAGUCAGUCAAGCCUAAUCGGUUCAUACCGUUCAGUGAUUUAAACAACCAAGCUCAGAAUAUCGAGGACCCCAACAGAGUCGUCAUUCCACACGAAAGUGAAAACUCCAGAUUCUCGUUGUCUCUGGAUACCGGAAAAAAGAACUUUGUGUUCAAAGGGCUUCCACAGGAGGUCAGUAACAGAAGUUCAAACCUUCCAGGCAGAAAAGUCCAGCAGUUUGGUUCUCAGCAGCAAAACAAUGCGCUAUAUAAUACCAAUAACUACCAGAAUAGUUAUACAACACCAAGACCAACACCAACAGCAGUAGGACGCGUACAAGAUAUUUGUGUGGAUACCGACCCGUACUGUGAGGGAUGGAUAGUGUACUGUAAGGACAAUGUCCACGUAUUUGAAAACUGUCGAAAGACCUGUGGUACCUGUACGGUUCCACUUCCACCAGACACAUCUACAAUGUCUUCAAACUAUGGUCGUGCGGCUAUUGCCAGCCAGUCUGAUCAGGGAGCAGGGACAUGGAAUGGUCUACAGGUGACCACCGCGAAGACGACAGCCCACCGGCUGGCCAAUUUGUGGAUAGAGUUUCCUUCAAAUACCACAACGACACAGACAACAACACAGACAACGAACGCGACGACGCCUGCCAUGCCUACAACUAGAACGGCUGCCUGGACAGCGACCCCGGUCGGGACAAGCCAGGGUCAGCAAUGGAGUAACAAUGCUGGAGGGGGCUGGAACACCACACCACAAACUUGGAAGUCACAAACAGAUCAACAAAUACAGCAGCCGUCUCAGAAUCAACCCAGUUAUCAGUAUAAUCAGCAACAACAAGCUUAUCAAGGCACAAGUUACCAAUCCUCUAAUCAACAAGUUUCCACACAGCUACCUUCUAACUACCAAUUUCCACCACAACAAAUCCCCCCAAACCGUUCCUCUGGACAACCUUCACAGCCUCCUCGAAAGCAAUCACCAAAUCAACAGGGCCGACAACAACGACCUUCUCAGCAGCAGCAGCAGCGACGACAGGGAAACCGCCAACCCUCUCAACAGAAUCAGAAACCAUUCAUUCAACAACAACAACAACAACAACAACAACAACAGCGACCUAUUCAGCACAUUAAUGUUCCCAUGCAUAACCAACAAAACGGCUACCAAGCACAGUCGCCUGGACGUGACGAGAGAAACAAGAGCCCGCCACAGGGCAAUACUAGGUUCCGGAAGAAUCGUGCAAUGAGACAAAAUAGGAACAGGAAGAAUAAGAGCAACAAGAAUAUACUGACGAAUUAUUCGCCCUGGGGACCUGCAGGACGUAAUAACGGGAAAGCAUUUUUGCCAGCACCAACAACAACCACACAGAAGCCGAGCACGACCACAGGGGGCUGGGUGACCAUUGACGCAAAGAAGCUACUUAUACGGGACAAGUCAAACUUACUUCAGCAGACAGGGUCGGCUGCUGGAAAAGUGUCAACAGCAUCGCUGAAAGAACUAGUCACAACAACUCAGCCUGUGCCACAUCCUCCUGUGGCACACCAGCCUUCGCCACAUCCUCCUGUGACAAACCAGCCAGCGCCCCAUCCUCCUGUGGCAAACCAGCCAGCGCCCCAUCCUCCUGUGGCAAACCAGCCAGCGCCCCAUCCUCCUGUGGCAUACCAGCCUGCGCCACAUGUUCCUGGGUAUCCCCAGUCCGUGACAAAUCCAUCCCCAUAUUACCAACCUGACCCUUUUAAUACUGGAACACAGCCAUUCCUUCCACCCUCCCCGCCGCCGACUCCGCCUAUGGACCCAUUUUUUUCGACCUGUAACGAUGCGGACCCUCAGUGCCCCACGUGGGCAGCAAGUUACUGUGGACACAAUCAGUAUGUAGAUCUCAAUUGUGACUACUCAUGCGGUCGCUGCCAUCAAUUACUAUUUUAGGGGACGACAACGUGGACACUCUUUCCGACACUGACACAUCUCAGCAAUAGUUACGGUGCUCGUGAAACUAUGGUGACGGUUGUGUUAGGUGGGGGUAGGUCGGUAUGCUUCUGAAUAUCUGAUUACGUUUUGUAAAAAACGAUCAUGACGUUUAAGAAAGAAUUUCAUAUCUGGUCGAUCUGCAAAAAUAUUCUUCAGAGCAUAUAUGUAGCUAGAUGAUUCGAGUGUUGAGUGACUGUGUUUGUGAGCAGUGUUUAAAUUCAUUCGCCAAAAAAAUAGAUGUUUUAAUUGCAGAUUGUACACACAAACAAUAGAAACCCUACAUGUGAUUUAUCACAGCAUUGUUUAUAGGGCAAUCUUAGCAAUUCAAACAACUCCUAUUAAAUUUUGGAUUCAAUACUGGUGAAUUAGUCUAUGCAAUGUAAUUGUAUUGUAUUUCGUGUGUGUCCGAAACUAGUAGAUACCACGUGACUGAGACACAUGGUGAUAUAUGUCACUAGUUCGUGCAAGGUGUCUGAGACGCUGGACGGGAUAUACAGCAAAACUUUCACUUUAACCACCUCUGGAAAAUAUCGAUAGUUCAGUCACUGUCACUUUGUAAAUAAUUGGUGUCCUUGACCAAAGGAUAUUUAGAUCGUAUUUAGAUCCUGGUAUUACAGGUGCCCAAUUGUUUGUGUGUAAUAGAUAUGUCAGGCCAUUUAGAUCAUGUUGUGGUACACAUUUUUAAGGACAUCCCAUUAAAAGAACAUUUAGUUUUUCAAUUUAACUUGACAUCUGAUCUUGAGGUCAAGCUAAACUGUCUGGCUCUUAUUUUGGUUGUCCUACCUCUGUAAUCUUAAAAAGACAUUUGGUCAGGAGUUCUUCCAUACACCAAUCACAAUUCUAGUGCCUUCGAUGUUACCUUGACACAUCCAGGGCAGCAGAGAGCUAAAGUAAAACGUUUUCCUGGAGUCUCGGUGAUAACGGAUACAUUUCACACAGAUGAAUCAUUGUUUAUUUAACGAAUGGGUUUGAAAUAAACUAUGCGACAAAGUAUA